UGUCUGUGAGAUAUUUUUCUUCGAGGUGUAUCAUUUAAUUUCAAUGUGAAAGGUGAUAUGUUUCUGUGUGGUGGUGUCUGGCAUCUGCAACCUGAGCCCUGGCAUGAUAACAACGAUUGUGAGAGCCAUUGAAAGAGAAGAACGGCUGCGAGUGGAGUGUUCUUAAAUCUGUGUCAAGUUUACGAGAAUAUUGGGCAUCUCGCUUUCUCAAGAUGGCGGAAAAUCAGACACCGGCGAUAGGCAUCGACCUCGGCACCACCAACUCGUGCGUGGCUGUCGUACGCAAUGGACGCGUGGAGGUCAUUGCUAACGACAUGGGCCACCGCAUCACCCCAUCGUGCGUUGCAUUCACGGAUGAAGAGCGCCUCAUCGGCGAUGCUGCAAAAGCACAGGCAGUGCACAACGCUGACAACACAAUAUUUGAUGCCAAACGUCUCAUGGGCCGUAAAUAUGAUGACGAAAAUAUCCAAAAACGUAUAGAACUUUGGCCGUUCAAUGUUGUGGAGUCUUCUUCUGGAGAUCCAAGAUUUCGCGUUGAAUACAAGAAUGAGACGAAAGAUUUUUCACCAGAAGAGAUCUCAGCAAUGAUUCUACAAAAAAUGAAAACCAUUGCCGAGACAUACAUCGGUUCUCCAGUCAAAGACGCCGUAGUUACAGUGCCUGCCUACUUCAACGACUCCCAGCGCCAAGCGACCAUGGAUGCGGGUAAGAUUGCUGGUUUGAACAUCGUAUCUCUUCUAAACGAGCCCACAGCUGCCGCCAUCGCCUACGGCUUCGAUCAAAAGAAAGACUUGAAGCAGAACAUCCUGGUGUUCGAUUUAGGAGGCGGUACUUUCGACGUAGCCAUACUCAGUAUGACAGAAAAUGAUUUUGAAGUCAUAGCCACUAGUGGUGAUACCUUUCUUGGUGGCAGCGACAUCGAUGAACGUUUGGUGGAACAUUUCAGCAAAGAAAUCAAGAAAAAACAAAAGAUGGAUAUCAAAGACGAUUCAAAAGCCCUGAGCAAACUAAGGAUUGCAUGUGAACGUGCCAAGAGAAAUCUUUCUUCGUCGAAGAAGGAACCCAUUCUGGUAGAUUCUCUUUUCGACGGCAAUGACUUCAAGUCAUCCCUCAAUCGAGCUCGUUUGAUGGAAUUGUGUUCUGACCUCUUCAAGAAAACCAUGGAGCCGGUUGAUGCAGCUUUGACGUCGGCAAAAAUGACUAUUGAUGACAUCGACGAGAUUGUUCUAGCUGGCGGCUCUACCAGAAUUCCGAAAAUACAGGAGCUUCUAAAGGAAAAGUUUAAUAACCGCAAGCUCAAUCAGUCGAUCAAUCCUGAUGAAGCUGUUGCUUACGGAGCUGCUCUUCACGCAGCUUCUAAAACUGGUGACAAGACAAUUGAGAACAUAAAGUUCGUAGAUGUCACCCCAAUGACACUUGGGAUAAAUGUUCUUGGAAACUUGAUGAGCCGAAUUAUUCCACGCAACUCCAAACUUCCUGCGACUAGGAAGAAGAAGUUCGUCACCACUGUUGACUAUCAGACAGGUGUGGAUAUCAAAGUGUACGAAGGAGAACGACUCAGUAGUGACGAGAACAACUUGCUGGGUGAGUUCUCUUUGGAAAAUAUCCAACCAGCUAAGAAAGGUGUCCCACAAAUAGAGGUAACUUUCGUUGUCGAUAAGAAUGGAAUCUUGACUGUGACUGCUGAGGACACAGCCACCGGCAGCAACGAAGAGAUCGUUAUCCGCUGCAACAAAGGCCGACUGCCGAAGCAUGAAGUCGAGCGAAUGAUCACCGAAGCGAAAGAAUUCCAGAAAGAUGACGAAAAGAGGGAGAAGCUUACAGCUGCUCGACAUGAACUGGAGACUCUCUGUGUUGAGUUAAAGGACUUGAUUAGCGAGCAGAGGGACCAAGAUCUGCUGGAGAACGAUGAGUUGGACCAAUUCAUGGACGUUUGCUCGGAAACUGAAGAGUGGCUUGCCGAAAAUGAACAGGCAACGGAAGAAGAGUACCGUUCCCGUUACGAUGCUCUUCUUGAAGUCAAAGAGCGCAUGCUCAGUAACUAAAUUUUUAGCCAUAGCUUGGUUUUCAAUGCCUUCAUUUUCAAUAUGAAAUAUCAACAAAAAACUACAGUCAUUUGUCGUGUGUUUUAGAAUUCUUUGGUUAUGUUUUUCAUUAUUGUAUUCAUGACUUGAAUUGCAAUAACAUUCUGCAUUUGUGAUUAGUGCUAAUGCCUCUUGCUUGGAACUCUAAUUGGGACUUGAGUUUAUACUAGUGCGUAAUAAAAAAGGCUCCUUGAUACCAGGUAUACUGGGUUUUGGGUGCUUUUAAAUUUGAUCCUCCUAUCAAAAUGUUGCGAGUCUCAAUUGCCAUUGAAUGAUUCUAAUUCCAAUAUU